GAGGGAGGGCGGCGCGCAGGGCGGGAGAGGGAGGGCGGCCGCGAGCCCGCGACGGGAGCGGCGUGGGGAGGAGAGCCCGGCGCGGAACACGCGCGCGGAGGAGGAGCCGGCCCCGCUCCCGGAGAGACCCCUGGCGCCCGGAGCAUGAGCCCGCGCCCCGCCGCAGAGCGCCCGGGGGAGACGGCCUCGGCGCAGCCCUGAGACGCUGGGCCGGGACGCGGGGCGCGGGGCCCGGCCGGGGGGCGGCGGCCGCCUCGGUCAGCGCCAUGGGGAGCCCCCGGGCCGCGCGGCUCCAGCUGCUCCUGCGCCCGGUGAGGCUGCUGCGGAGGCGCUUCCGGCUGCUGCUGGCGCUCGCCGCGGUGUCCGUGGGGCUCUGGACUCUGUAUCUGGAGCUGGUGGCGUCGGCCCAGGGCGGCGGGAACCCCUUGAACCGGAGAUAUGGCAGCUGGAGAGAACUGGCCAAGGCUCUGGCCAGCAGGAACAUUCCAGCUGUGAGAUCGCACCUCGAGUUCUACCAUCCCCAGAAGGCUGAGCCUCCCGAGAGUUCAGUCUGCCCAUGCCAGAACCACUCCGGGCCUGUGACCUCCAUCACCAGUGGCAUGUGGUGCCUCUCACUCGGGUGA